AUGACGGCAGACGUCUUUUCCACCACCGCCGCCCCCCUGUCCCACAGCUACACCUUGUCGCCCAUCGGCGAGCGGAAGACGCUGGAGAGCGGCCCGUCUUCGCUGCUCUCGCUGAGCGAGCUGGAGCCCACCCUCAGCAGCGCCGACAUGAAGUAUGCCACCACCGUCCUGGUGCGCAAGCUGCCGCGAAACACCAGCGAAGAGGCCGUCCGCAGCAUGCUUCUGUUCGCAAAGGACCUGAUCAACACGGAGAUCAUCAAGGCGGAUUUUACUGAAGACAAAGGUUUCGUCUCUGCAAUCGCACGAUUCAGGACCCUGGCGGGCGCGCAGGAGGCUAGAGAUAGGCUCAACGGGAAGGCCAAUGCCGCAAAUGACGCGAAGAUGAUUGUCGAGCUUCUUCCCAGCAACACUGUUCCUGGCGCCAUCGGAGCCAGGCGCAACACGGUUGAUGGCACCGCAACCCGCCAGACCUCGGGUUCCACUUCCUCGGCAGCCUCGUCGCUCGGACGCCAGUCAUCACGCUUCAACGGCACCUUUCAGUCCAUGGAAAAAAUGUCUCCGCCAAACGGCUCCUCGAGCCUCGGAGGGGCUGAGUUCUCGAUCCCCGAGGGCGGGCUUUUCGGGCCCAAAUCCCCCACCGGCACCAAGACGUUCGGAGAAGCCACGCAGAACCUCAGCAAGCAGCUGAUCAACGAUGACGCGGGCGAUGAUGAGACCAGUGAACUGAUCAAAGACCCUGUGGCCUACGCGAGGAGCGGCCAGAAUGGACCUAACAUGGCCCGUCGUACCACGCAGCCGUCGCUACCUGUAUCUCGUUUUGCCAGUCUCUCGUUGAAUACCACUAGCGGAACGUCCGGGCUCACUUCCCCUCCUUUGUCAACUUUCGCGUCACCGCGUUCUGUUGGGCCCGUGCAGUCUCCUGGGCCGCCAAUCACAACCAUGUCUCCACAGAACAUGUCAUCAACCAUGGGGCCGAUGGGACCAAACUCCAACUAUCAGCUGACCCCGCACCAUUAUCAGAGGCACAACUAUCCUCCAGUCAAUCCGGCGGAUCAGAACCCGCCCUGCAACACGCUCUACGUUGGCAAUCUCCCAAUUGACACGUCAGAAGAUGAGCUGAAGGCCAUGUUUUCCAAGCAACGCGGUUACAAGAGACUGUGCUUUCGGACCAAGGCAAACGGCCCGAUGUGUUUUGUUGAAUUCGAAGACGUUUCGUUUGCUACCAAGGCUUUGAACGAACUUUACGGGCAUCCUCUCCACAAUAGUGUCAAGGGUGGGAUCAGACUGAGUUUCUCCAAGAAUCCUUUGGGCGUACGGAACGGACAGAACAACAGCAAUAAUAUUCCUCCGACGCCGAUGACGCCUCACAAUGCACUGCCGGGUAUCGGUAGUGGAUUUGGCAUGAACCAGACCUUUACUACGGCAACCGGGCCGCCGCCUGGCCUCACCCCUCCUGGUAUGAGCUCGCCGAUCGGCCUGAACGCAUCUUCCAACUUUGGCAUGUUCUCCAACGGGGGAUUCGGCGUACCGCCCAACGCCAUGCGAACCCAACCUCUCACCGGCGGCAUGGCUUCAACGACGGCCAACGGCGGGUUCAGCAGCAUGGCCGGCGGCUACUCUGAUUACAUGAUGGGUCGCUAA